UCCAAUAACCAGCCUCGCGUGUCACCACAGGAACUGAGACCCGGGCGAUUCCAGGGGCCCGGUCGGUUCGGCUGGGCUCGGCCAGACCCGGAGCUCUAGGCCGCCGUCUGCCACUCACUGUCACCCGCAGCCGGCCUGGCCAAUGAGCAGCGGGGGCGGAGACACGAGGGCCAAUUCUCGGACCAAGGGGCAGGACGAAAGAAAUCUGGCUCUCGAACUGUGGACGUGCGUGCGCGGUUGCCGGGCGGUGUGGUGCAGCUUCCGAGGGCGGAGACGGGCCCCUCGGGUUCCGUCCCUGCCGGAGCCUGCAGGAGCUGACUGAUUGUUCUUCGGCCAUGUCGCCGGCUCCCGGUGCAGCCGCGGCUCCCGCGUCCGUCUCCUUGCUGGACCUCAGCGCGGAUGCUCCUCUCCUUCGGGGGCUGAGCCUGGUGAGCCAAGCUCCCGGGGAUGCUCUGCCUGGGGCUCCGCUUACUUCCUGUCCAGGUGACAGAGCCAGCCCAGAAAAAAAAGUAUUCCAAGGCCCUCUGGAUAUUUCAGAGAAAUUAUUUUGUUCAGCCUGUGACCAGACUUUCCAAAAUCACCAAGAACAGAGAGAACAUUAUAAACUUGACUGGCAUCGUUUUAACCUAAAGCAACGUCUCAAGAACAAGCCUGUCCUGUCGGCCGUGGACUUCGAACAGCAGAGUUCCACAGGAGAUCUUUCCAGUAUCUCAGGAUCAGAAGACUCAGACUCAGCCAGUGAAGAGGACUUGCAGACAUUAAAUGAAAACAGAGCUGAACACGAGAAGCCCAGUCGACACCGAGGCUUCCACCCCCACCGGAUCCUUUUCCAGAAUGCCCAGGGCCAGUUUCUUUAUGCCUAUCGCUGUGUCCUAGGCCCUCACCAGGUUCCUCCAGAAAAGGCAGAAUUUCUGCUGCAGAACCUGCAGAGUGGAGGUCCACGAUAUUGUGUGGUGCUCAUGGCUGCGGCUGGGCACUUUGCUGGUGCUGUUUUUCAAGGAAGAGAAGCAGUGACACACAAAACCUUUCACCGCUACACCGUGCGGGCUAAGCGGGGCACUGCUCAGGGACUUCGGGAUGCCCAGGGUAGGGCACCCCGUUCUGCCGGAGCUAACCUGAGACGUUACAAUGAGGCCACACUUUAUAAGGAUGUCCGUGACCUAUUGACAGGGCCAAGCUGGGCUAAAGCACUGAGAGAGGCUGAAAUGAUACUGCUACGUGUCCCCCGCUCUGGCCGGUCCUUGUUUUUUGGAAGCCAGGGAGCACCCCUACAAAGGGAUGAUCCCCGGCUCUGGGAUAUCCCCCUUGCCACCCGCAGACCCACCUUCGGGGAGCUUCAGCGUGUGCUCCAUAAGCUGACCACCCUGCAUGUCUAUGAUGAAGACCCUCGGGAAGUGGUGAGAUCGCUCUCACCUCAGACACUUUGGAAACCAGUAAGAGAGGACAAGAAGAAGGCUGCCGAGGAGGAAAGAACAAAGGUUUCCAGUGACGAACAUGAAGCACAUGGGCAGGAUGAAGAAUCACCCAAACAGGGUUCAGGGUCACAGGGAGAUGAUGACUCCCAGAUGGAGUUGGAGCUAGUGGAAGUGACUAUGAGGACCUUGGAUCUUCGAGAGUUUGAAGUAUUGCCCAAGCGGAGGAGGAAAAAGAGGAACAAGAAAGAGAGAAGUCAAGACCAACAGUCUGAGGCACAUAAGAUGCUUCUCCAGCAACCUCAAGAAGACGAGCCAUUCUCCCAGUCGGUCCAGGAGGGUACAGCCCCUUUGGGCACUUCGGUUGAUGAGGCCAAAGCUUCUGCUCAGCCACAGCUGGCGGAUGUGCUUCUAGCUGCCUGCCGGGCUGGAGAGGUUGAAGUGCUGAAGCUCCAGCUAGCUGCUGGGCCUGCAGACCCCAGAGUUAUGUCCCUACUCAAUGCCCCCUUGGGCCCUGGUGGCUUCACUCUCCUGCAUGCAGCAGCAGCAGCUGGAAGAGGCUCCGUAGUUCGUCUUCUGCUGGAGGCAGGCGCUGACCCCACUGUGCAGGACUCCAGGGCUCGGCCGCCUUAUACUGUAGCAGCUGACAAACCAACACGGAACGAGUUCCGAAGGUUCAUGGAGAAGUAUCCUGAUGCCCAUGCUUACAGCAAGGCUCAGGUGCCAGGGCCACUCACGAAGGAAAUGGAGGCCCGGCAGGCUACACGCAAGAGAGAGCAGAAGGCAGCGCGGCGACGGCGGGAGGAGCAGCAGUGGAAGCAGCAGGAGCAGGAAGCGCAGGAGCGACAAGAGCGGCAGCGAUUUGCUGCCCUCAGUGACCGGGAAAAGAGAGCUCUUGCUGCAGAGCGUCGCCUUGCUGCACAGUUGGAAGCCCGCUCGUCUCUAGUUCCUGAGUCUACAGUCAACACUGGGUAUGGUGCCACGGGACGCUGCUGGAGUUGUGGAGUGUCACUCCAAGGCCUCAUUCCAUUUCACUACCUUGACUUCAGUUUUUGCUCCACACGGUGCCUCCAAAAUCAUCGCAGUCGGGCAUCGAGGCCUUCUUCCUGAUGUCUUUCAGCCAGCUGGGCUCGGGCUAGGCCCCGAGAGGACCCACUCUCAAGCUCUGUUUCUUUUUCUCCAUCAAGCACAGGGUUAUUUGGAAGACUAGGGUGAAGGAUGCUAAGGAACCAGGGCAAAGACAGGGCCACAGGGGUGUGUGGAGCUGGUACUGUCUUUAAUCACAAUAAAGUUUGGCAAGGAAACUGUA